AUGUCUGCCUACACCAAGUUCGCCAUCAUUGGAGCCGGCGGCAUCGGCGGCACCGUCGCGGACGAGCUGCUCAAGAAGGGCGCGGCUGUCUCCAUCCUCACGCGGGACGACAGCCAGGAGGCGCUGCAGGCCCUCAAGGCUCGCGGCGCCAAGCUCUUCAAGGUCUCGUACACGGACGAGGACGCCGUCAAGAAGGCGCUGACCGGCAGCGAAGUCGCAGUGAGCGCCGUGUCGCCCUACCACCUGGACGUACAGCCGCCUGUUGUGCGCGCGGCCAAGGCGGCGGGCAUCCAGCUCUUCGUGCCGGCCGAGUACGGCGUCAAGGUCACCGAGGGCCCCAACGCCUACAAGAAGGUGGUGCGGGACCUGCUCGCCGAGGUGAACCUGCCGGCCACGAUCUUCUACACGGGCAUCUUCGCCGAGUUCCUGCCGAUCUUCAUGGACUACCACUUCGGCGACGGCUACAUGAACGUCGUGGGCAAGGGCGAGACGCCCUACAGCAUCACGUCGCGCAAGGACGCCGGCCGCUUCGUGGCGCACGUGCUGUCGACAGCGCCCAAGAGCGCGCUCGAAGGCGCCAAGCUGCCGAUGUUCCGCGUACAGACCCGUCCUAUGAGUGGCGCGUUGCCCACAGCGUCGAACAUUGUCGCCUUUGUCGGUUGUCAGAGCGUCGAUCAGAAUUAG